UGUGAGCGGGUUACGGCUGUCUGGCCCCGCCCGAGAGGAGUGACUUCAGACCGGAGCUCGAGCUCUCCAGCGUCCUUCACUUCACGCUCCACACAUCAGCACACUUUCCCGCGAUUAACAUUUGGAUUACAACGGCCUUUCGCGCGCGCGGUUCAGGAUGAAGGGUGGAGGUUUGGCAGGGAGUUGCAGUCCCUGCUAGAUUCACCUUCAUCACCUUCAUCAUCAUCAUCAUCAUCAUCAUGGCCAAUCACCUGGAGCUGCUGACGGAGCUGCAGCAGCUGGAUAAGGUGCCCAGUCUGGAACGACUCAGGGCCGCGCAGAAGCGCCGCACACAACAGCUCAAGCGAUGGGCCGUCUACGAGAAGGAAAUGCAGAACAAGAAGCGUAAGGGCGACAAACGGCGCGGCCACGGGAACCUGCGGGAUAACCAUAAAAGGGUUUCAUUUGCAGCAAGUGUGGCCCUGCUAGAGGCCUCAUCGAGGAACGAUCCGGAUGAAGUGCGAUAUCUACUGAAGAACAACGUGUGUCCUGAUCUGUGUAACGAAGACGGACUGACAGCCCUGCACCAGUGUUGUAUUGAUAACUACGAGGAUAUGGUGCGGAUCCUGCUGGCUCACGGAGCCACGGUCAACGCUCAGGACAAUGAGCUCUGGACACCACUCCAUGCUGCAGCGACAUGUGGACAUACAGGCCUCGUCAAGAUCCUCGUCCAGCAUGGUGCUGAUCUCUUAGCAGUGAACUCGGACGGUAACAUGCCCUAUGACCUCUGUGAGGACGACCCCACGCUCGACAUCAUCGAGACCGCCAUGGCCAACCGAGGCAUCACACAGGAGAUGAUUAAUGAGAUGAGAGCAGUGGUGGAGAGGAGGAUGGUGGGAGAUAUUCAGAACCUCCUGCAGGACGGAGCCGACAUCAACAGACACGACUCCCAGGGGGCCACGCUGCUGCACAUCGCAGCGGCGAACGGUUUCACGCAGGCUGCAGAGAUGCUGUUAGAUGGAGGAGCCAGAACAGAGAUGAGAGACUCUGACGGUUGGACACCACUACACGCUGCUGCAUGCUGGGGACAGGUUCAUGUGGCCGAGCUGCUGGUUUCUCAUGGAGCCAGUCUAAACGCCAAGACACACCUGGAGGAGACGCCCAUAGAUCUGUGUGAGGAUGAGGAGUUAAGGAGUCAUCUGCUGGAGUUGAAGCACAAACACGACAUCAUCAUGAAAUCCCAGCUGAAGCACAAGACAUCACUGUGCCGCCGGACCAGCAGCACGGGCAGCCGCGGGAAAGUGGUGCGCAGGGCGAGUCUGUCCAACAGACACAAUCUCUGCAGGAAGGAGUAUCAGACCGAAGCCAUCGUGUGGAGAGGAGGCCGAGAGGAAGAGGAGCGAGAGCGAGAGUCUGAGCAGGAGAACAGCCACUCGGUGAGAAAAACACUCACUGACAGGAAGUCCUGCUGUUUCUUCAGCUGUGAUGUUUUGACUUCCUGUUUGCAGACGCAGCCCGACGACGCUCCGAGAGCAACGGGGAUCCUGAAGGAAGGCGGCCGACAGAACGGCUGCAUCUCCAGCACUCCAGCGCCUAACGGUGACCCCGUGACCCCUGACCCCACGCCCUCCGCCGAGCAGCCCAAGCCAAAAGAGCGUGUGCAGACGCUGUCCGAACUCAAGAAGCAGCGCUCCGCCGCCAAACUCAUCGUCCAACCCGUCCUCAACGGACACCUGGGAAACGGCUCGACCAAUCCCAGUCCAGAAGAUCCACACAUGCCUCAGGUCUCGUCCAAUGGCAGCACAGUCUACUUCACGCCGGCCAGCGGAGACCCGCCCCUUCUGAGGUUCAGGCAGCCAAUAGAAGACGAGGAUCCCAAGAGUGACAGCUGCUGCUGCAUCUCAUAGAUCUAUCUCACACACACAUAUAUAUUCUCGUACAUCCCAUGAAAGGAUCCUGUUUAUCACCCGCUUUUAUUUCUCAUUCCGAGUCUGGAAGUCUCUCUGAACCCUGUGCAGGAACAGGAACUCAUUCAGGAAAUGACCUCAUUCAGCUGCAGCUGUGUAAUGUGUGAUUGUGCAGCAGCUCUCCUGUACAGUAUUUAUUUGUAUAUGUGCAUAGAGCCACUCUUAAUUCUGUAAGAUUAUUUAUUGUAUUCCAGAGCGAUGAAGAGACAGACGGAGCACAGACGAGUCAGUAUUUUUCUAUGAGAGUGUUAUUAUAAUGAGCAGAUGAAGUAUAUGAAUGCACACUCAAAUCACAAGAACAAAGUAGCCUUUGAUAUGUUUUGCAUCGUCACGAUAUUUUCACAACACACUUGCUGCAGAAAAAAGACUGUUAAUGUAAUUUAAUGCAGCAUCACAAUAAAUACUAACAUUAUGCAUAAAUGCAAAAUCAUUUAAAUCAAAUUAAAUAUAGUGUUAUUUUUUCUAUUUUACAUUUGACACUUUUAGUGAGAUUUAGUGAAACGGUUACUGUUAUGAAAAAAGAGCUUGUGAAAUAUGACCCAGAUGUGUUUUUAUGAAGAAAGUGUUCACGAUUCACCUAAUGAAGGGUUUAUUUAUUUUAUUCGAUCCGCUCGAUCGUGACACUCUGCUCUUUCGGGUGCCAAAGUCUUCCAGAGUGAUGGACGUCAGAAACAGCCAAUCAGGUUCCAGUGCCAGUCCCGUAGCCCCGCCCACUCCUCAGUACUCACGCGUCAGAGCCGGGAAAGAAUGUAAAUAAUGCUUGGAAUGCAUUUCCUUCAAACACGAGCUGAUGUUCACGAAGGAAAGUUUUCUGUUGCCUGUGACUGUGAAUCUGAAAUAGAAAUAUGAGUAGAGUUCACACGUGAGGAGUUGGGCUUCCAUUUCUACUGAGGAGCAUCAAGGGAAAAGAGCAUCACAACUACUGAUCUGAUCAUUACUGGAAUCUACUGAUCACUGUAUUAACAUAUUUUCAAUAAAUUGUAUAUUUUGGUCAGUUUGUAAA